UCAUCAAAAGCAAGCUUAAUUCGUAAAGUUGUCGAUAAGGCCAGUCUUUUUAUGGAGAUAACCUUCAGCAAUUGGUAAUUACCCUUUAUCCACCACAAUACCCAAUUCUCACAGGUCUUAAACCCUAGCUAGUAUUUCAAUGGAAGACCAAGAUAGUGCAUCAGAUGGGAUGAACCAAAUGGAACCAACUCAACAGUCCCUUAUUUGCGGGCUUCCAGAUGACAUUGCUCUUCUAUGUCUUGCUCGAGUUCCCCGAAAGUACCAUAGAAUCCUAAAAUGUGUUUCAAGAAGAUGUAGAGAUUUAGUAUGCAGUGAAGAGUGGUAUUCUUACCGUCGAAAGCAAAAGCUUGAUGAAACUUGGAUAUAUGCUUUGUGCCGAGACAAGUUAGAGCAAUUUUGCUGUUAUGUUUUGGAUCCCAGUUCACCUCGGAGGUGUUGGAUGCCAAUUGAAGGGCUUCCACCUCGUAGCUUGAAGAGAAAAGGCAUGUGCAUAGAAGUGUUGGGAAAGAAAAUUUACUUGUUGGGUGGUUGUGGUUGGUUUGAAGAUGCUACAGAUGAAGUUUACGCCUAUGAUGCUUCAGCGAACGCUUGGUCUGAAGAUGCUCCCUUGUCAACUGCAAGGUGCUAUUUUGCUUGUGAGGUUUUAAAUGGAAAAAUAUAUGCCAUUGGUGGAUUAAGUUCAAAAUCAAGUGAUUCACAUUCUUGGGAUACUUAUGACCCCUACGCAAGCACUUGGACAUCUCAUUCAGAUCUGAACAUUGUCCCUGAAAUCGAAGAUUCUUUUGUCAUGGAUGGGAAAAUUUAUAUCCGAUGCUGUACCUCACCCGUAACAUCUCAUGUGUAUGCAGUGGUUUAUGAACCAUCAAGUGGCAUAUGGCAGCAUGCAGACGCUGAUAUGGUGUCAGGUUGGAGAGGUCCGGCAGUCGUAGUUGAUGGGACGCUUUAUGUGUUGGAUCAGAGUUCGGGAACGAGGCUUAUGAUGUGGAAGAAAGAGACUAGGGAGUGGGUGCCAGUCGGGAGGCUGUCACCCUUGCUUACCAGACCACCCUGCCGGCUUGUGGCUGUUGGGACGAGCAUAUUUGUCAUAGGAAAAGGGCUGAGCACUGUUAUGCUUGAUGUCGGCAAAGCAGGAAAUGUGGAAGGGGCAAUGGUGAGUUCCUCCAUACCCAAUUUAAGUUCAGAUGAUGAUGUAAUUAGCUGUAAAUGUCUAACAAUUUGAAAUUCUAUUUGUAUUCUUAUAUGCUUCUGGUCUGACUAAUGUCUGAUUGAAAUGUCAUUGUUGAUAUACUCGUACAUUAUACAUAUAAACAUUUGAAAUUUGUA